CUCGCCACCGCCAUCACUCGAAUAUACUUACGUCUUCUACAAUCACUCUUCUCUCCGUUCUCAAAUUUCACCGUUCCUUCAAAUCUCUCUAUUUUCAUCCAUGGCAGGAAGAGGCAAAACCCUAGGAUCCGGUGCCGCUAAGAAAGCCACAUCAAGGAGUAGCAAAGCUGGUCUCCAAUUUCCCGUUGGACGUAUCGCUAGGUUCCUUAAAGCCGGAAAAUACGCCGAACGCGUCGGUGCUGGUGCUCCUGUUUACCUCGCCGCCGUCCUUGAAUAUCUCGCCGCUGAGGUUUUGGAAUUGGCUGGAAAUGCUGCAAGGGAUAACAAGAAAACUAGAAUUGUGCCGAGACAUAUUCAAUUGGCUGUUAGGAACGAUGAAGAAUUGAGCAAGCUUCUCGGUGAUGUUACCAUUGCUAAUGGUGGUGUUAUGCCUAAUAUUCACAAUCUUUUGCUCCCAAAGAAGACUGGUGCUUCCUCUAAGUCUGCUGCUGCUGAUGAAGACUCUUAGAUCAACUUGAUUUUUCGAGACCUAUUCUCGUCUAAUUAAGUUACUAUUUUGUAUCUUGAUUUAGAUUGAAAAUUGGUCUUGAUUGACUAUGUUCUUUGUAGCUCUAGUUAGGCUUUCAUUUAGGGAUGUGGAUAUAUUUAUAUUUAUCACUAGCUUGUUCUUCUAAUCAAUAUUAUUUUAAUUAAUAUAAAAUAUCUCCUUUUUCAUUUCUAUUGGUUCUAAUGACAUAUUAUUAUUAUUA